CUUAUAUUAUACGCACAACACACAAUACAAGAAAACAUUAUACUUCUUUUACAAACAUAAAUAUAUAAUUUUCCUUCCUUAAUUCAUUCGCUUAACCUUUUUCAAUCCAAAAAAAAAAAUGACUAAACGAGUUCAAUUUUCAUGCGACGUAAAGUUUGUUAAUACUUUUGACAAUGAUGAAUAUGAUCGAACUGCACAAGAGGUUGCAAAACUCACCUACAAAGACAUGGUCGAACUCCUUACCAUGAAAUCACAGUGGCGUCGAGAAAUGGAACGCAUGCUUGCCGAACGAGCAGCUGGAGAAAAGCGAGACGAUGACAGGGACGAACCACCCCGUCUCUUUGUCUCAUGCGAAAUCUACACCUAAAAUAACAAGAACAACAGCAUCAUAUCUUCUCUUCUUCAAACCGGACUACCAAGAACGCCUUGAUGAUCUCAAACUCACCUCAUAUUAUCUCACAUCACAUCACCUCACCUCACCUCACCUCACCGAUCGACCGACCAACUGACCAACUAACUGACCGAUGUUUUUUUGCUUGCCUGCCUGUCUUUUUGCUUGUUCAAUAUUUUAUUAUUUAUAUUGUCUGUCAACAACUUUACCAAGUCAAGGCACGCAGUCUAUCUCUCUCUCUCUAUUUGAUUUUCUUUGUUUUAAACCAAAAAUAAGAAGAAGAAAAGGAAAGAUACAAUCUACGCAUAACACACACACUCACAUACAUACACACAUACAUACAUACAUCAACACUCACAUUUACAACAAUCCAUUCUAUGCCUAUUUGGUAUUCCUACUGACAUCACCACCCUUUCUAUCUAUCUACUUAUCUACCCAUCUCUCUCUUUGUACAAAAUAUACACCUUUUCUUUUUCUCCUUCUAUCUUUUCAACUCCAACUCCUCUUCCCUCCUCUCUACACAUACAUACAUAUAUAUAUAUAUAUAUAUAUAUAUAGGCAUUUCUAUGUAAUUCACCAAAUACAUCCCCCCUCCCAUAUUUAUCCCAUUCAAUUCAUGCAUUCAAUUCAAUUCAAUUCACAGUUAUCAUACAUAUAUCCUUGUUUUCUUUCAAUUUUUUUUAAAAUAUAUACAUAUAUAUAUAUAAUUAUUUAUUUUGUUUCUUUUGAUAACAACAAUAAUAAUCUUCUUCUUUUAACUCUAUCAU